UGGUCCAAGUGUGCUAGUGACUGAUGAAGUCUCCGUAUCCAAGGAUUAUGUUCCCGAGAAUGUGGCCGCCGAGAGAGUAUAUAAUGCUCCAACAAUGAGCAACCAGUACUCAGAUUUGUCUGUCCGAGGCCAAAAAUUUGUUUCGAACAUAUCCACCAUCGGUGUUAGUGUGGUAUAUAGAUAGCGUCAUAGUUUUAGUCGAUACAUAUCUCAGUCUAUUCGAAGAUGGAGGAUCUUGAUCAUCAUAAAACAGAGCACCACUACAGACGAGUAGAUUCGCCACGACGAGGCGAUCUUUCAAUGAGUGAUCCAGGUUCACAUCACAAGCAUUCGCCAACUCUUGAACCUUUUCCAGAGAGAGAAGUUCAUUCGUGUAAUGAACGCAAGAGAGCGCAAGAGGUCGAAGGGCUUGGUGAUUUGCCUCCACGACGAAAUUCGUAUUCAGAGGGAGACAUCUCUCUCAUAAACAAGUGGGAAGGGAAAAUUGCAGCUAAAGUGGGAAAUGGGCCCGUGGGCCGUGCUUUGCACGAACAUCGCGAGAAGAAAAAGGAAAAGAAGAAAAUGGAAGAACUCGAGAAGAAGCAUGAAGAUGAAACGGGUAAACUCAAAGAUCAAGGAAGGCUUAGCUUCUGACUUUCUCUCCAUAUUAAAGGACCCAGGUAUCCACCGUGCCUUUACGGUGCUCUGAACCUUUUAAUUGGGGAAAUUUUAUAACCUUAGGACAGACGCAGGAAUCGUCGCAAUCGAUCUGAUUACUCGAAGUUGCACCCUGCAUCCCUGUUCCAUGUUACAUCUGAAUGUGAAUGGAAUUGGGAUAUUUCUGAUAUAUUAUUAGCCGGCAUUUGGAAAAAACCAAAAUAGUUUAUAAUCUAGACCUCUGGGCUUUGCGCAUUUUUUUAUGUUUGCAAGCAAACUGAUAUCAUGA